CUACACAGCCAAGCGGGCGAGAGACAACAACAAAGGCGCCACGAUUGAGGGCCACAGAUUCGUGUUGCGCCGAGCUGUCGUUGAGCCCUCAACGAACAUCGAAAGAUCCGAGUCCUCCACAUCAAAGCUUUCUACAGUCCUGUUGGCGUCCACAAACGUCACAAGCCCCGCAGCCUCGUCGUUGAUAAGAGUAUACAGCAUCCACUCAUACUGGAUCCCGCCACCGGCCUCACUGUCAACUAUUUGGCUUCCGUCGGUACCAGAGCCGCUCCCCGGUCCUCCAGGAUCGGCAAGAGCCGACGCACCGUCAGUCGAAUUGUUGUCUGGCGUCUCUUCUGCUGUUGGUAAGAUCGUUGGGCUGCUCGAGCCAUCCGAAGGCCGCGGCUCCUCUGGCUCACUUUCAGGGUUGAAGACAUCAACAGACAGAACGUAUGAAUCGGGAAGAAGCCCGGAGCCUGCAGAAGACAGCAAAGGAAGAAAGAAAGCUCGUGUGUCUCCUGUGUCGUGCGACUUACAUACCAUUUGGGAGCCUGAUGACCAAGCUGUUCUUGCCGUCUCUCGUGCAGAGCGUGCCAGGGGGCGGAAAGAUGGAAGGCAGCACGAGGUGGUCGGCGAUUGACACAUUGGCAGAGCCCCCAGCUCCGCCUUCCAGCCCAUAGCCCCUAUCGAACUGGUCAGCGAUCUCCAGAAGCUCCGCCUCGCUCUGGUUGAGAGAAAUAAUCCCUGGCACAUCGGCCAAAGGCUGCGGCGCUGCAGUGCUCGUGUUGACUUGUGCAGCCCCCCGUAGAGUGUCGUUUGCCUCCGUCCCAUUGGUGCCAUUUAGGCUUAGUGGAAUUAACGUAGGAACAGCUGUGGUGCUUGUGGUGGUGGUGGUCGGCGCUGGUGUCGUAGUCGUGGUGGAGGUGGUUGUGGUGGUGGUAGUCAUCUUGUCAGCCGCCGCGGUCGUACUGACGCCAGUGCUGGAGUUGCCCAGCAACAUCUGAGUGAGAGAAGGGGCAGGGGUGCUCGUCAUAUUCUCAACUGAAGCAAGACAGAAUUCAUCCUGUUCCUGAGGAUCUUCUUUCCCGUGUGUACUUUACUUUGGUAAGUCUCCGCAUCAGAUGCGAUCCUCAGCUCGAAAUCGGGGCAAAUCCCGUCAGAGAACUCAUAGCCGGUCGGCGCGCGCAAGAGAAUCUCGUUGAAUGCAUCGGCCUGCCGAGAAACACGGCGCAAGGUAGCUUGGUCAACGGAUAAAAGGCAAGGCUCUCUCUUUCGUCAGCACCUUAUUGAGGAUCGUGGAUGUUUGAAAUGAAACGUCAAUGCGCUGCCUCUGGCCCCUGUACGGCAGCGUGGGAGUGACCUUGGCCGGCAGGAGGCCUGUGAUGUCGAAGCCAGGGUAAUAGGUUGUCAGAUCGAUGAUAUAUCCUAGCGGGCUCUCCAGAUACAAACUCCAGUCGUUGGGAAUGGGGGUGAAGCGGGGGUUGGUCACUUUGAAUGUGAUCGAGAUCGCUGUGUUCGGCUCCUUGGGGUCCUGGGUGUCGAUCGUGAAAACGAUGUGGUUCUUUGUAGACGGGUCAGUCACACACGUCGUCGUGGGAGCCAGCCCCACCACCGAGAAGCCUCCACAGCCGAAGGUGAAUCCAACGGGGCCUUUGACGAGGAUCUUAGAGCCGCCAGGGAUGAACUUGAUCGAUCGCAUUGAGAGAACUACGUUGGUUGCUGAGGCAGAGGUGGUGUCCAGGGGGUCGAUGUGUACGUACUCGAUCAUCUACGUAGGCGACAGAACACGCGACAAGAGAAUGAAUGACUGGCCUGUCUCGUGUGCGAUCAUGCGACUGACUAAUGCAUUGACUGACCUUUAGGUUGAAUCCCUGCACUUCUGUAUCCAGAUGCAGCACCACGUCGUUUUCGACAGUGAUAAAGCGCCAGGAGCAGCCCUGGGCCUCGCAGGCUGCGUCUGGGUCCGCGUCUGCGUUCCUGAGGCCCACUUGGAAGGCAUAAUUCACUUUAUACUCGAGACCACCAUCAAGACGGAUGGCAAAGUAAUAAUGCGGAGUGUCAUCAUAAUCGACACUUCGCACCUCACAAGUCGUCCCUGAUGGCAGAGGUUGAUAAUUGGAGAUGUCCAAGGGCAGCUCGUCAGCCACUCUAUUGCUCCCGCCAUCCUCGGGCGGUUUCAUGGCUUCCACAUAGCUCAGUUGAAAUACUUCUCCCCCACAGAGCUCCAGCGGAACGAAGCCUGAGAGGAGGGGUGGGUAUAUCAUCAGGUAGCUGCCUGUGUUGCUUCCCGCGGUGAGGUGGUUGAAGGGCAAGUCAGAGCCAAGGCUGAAGUAUACGCCCAGAAUGUUGUCAACGCUUGGGCUGAAGAAGGAUGCUAUCACUCCGGCAGCACCGAAGCGGCCGAAGAUCUUGUACCCCUGCACAUCAUAAUUGCAGCCCACGUUGGUCUCAUUGUGUUUUGUCUGGAAGGUCCAGAUGUUCUGCGACGGGCUGGGCGAUGUCCUCGGAUUCGCAACGACAACUGCAAAGGUCAGGUUAACUUGGCUUGGGAUAACAGGCCCGCCAGCAUCGGUGGUGAUCCGGAAGACGUUGAGGGACCGCAGGAAGAUGGUGUUGGGGGGAAAGUUUGAGCCGAAGAAGGGCUGGAAGUUGGGGUUGGGCAGAUUGUCGAUGAGUUCCAUCGGACACGUAAUGACGAUAGAUGCCGGCGGCCGCAGCUCUGUGUCUAGUCGAAAGGUGACUGACACGGGAUUCUCUCGCACGAAGACCUCAGCGCUUUCCGGCUCUAUUCUGUCGACGUAGAGCACCCCCUGCAUCUUGAAGGUCUCCACAUCCUUCUGAUGAAUGAUGGUACGGGCGUUGUCGCUGCUUCGUGUCUUGAAAUGCCACACCAGGUCUACACAUGCAGAUAAUAUGCAUACGAAAGCGACCAGCGAACCAAGCCUUCCAUCUUCAGUGCUCACUCGUCGUAGCUGGAACUGGAAAAAGAGGCAAUGGUACGAUAGCGAAGUAGCCAUCCGAAUUGUAGCCCGUCACCGAAGCAGCGACCACCGCGCCAGCAGGGAUCUCCGCAGCCUCCGUCUCCUUCAACGUGAUCUCCAACAGGCCGCCAUAGGACGUGCACGUGGCGUACUCUUCGUGUAGCUUGUACUGCGAAGCCAAUAUCGCACUGAAGAGGCUGCUCUCUGCUGCUCCGCUCUCCGUUCCGUUGAGCACUCCUGACGCAUGAAUGUCCAGCAAUGUGCAGUUAAUUGGUUCAUCUUGGGGUGGCCUCGGCCUGGGGUAGCCAGCACGGGGCGGGAUGACGGACAGUGGAUCUAUAUACAGCCAUCAUGUGACAAGCAUAAGAGCAUGUCUCUCUCACUUAGCACCGGUUUCUUGGUCGAGCUCAUCCGUCGGCUCGAGUCGCGGGCCGAAGUAGAAGUCGCUCACAAAUGCCUGGUAGGUGAGGAGGCCUCCAGGAGGGAUGGAACGGACGGAGCGAAAACUGAACACGAAUUGGGUGAAUAGACCGGCACCUGGAGCAAACCCAGCCAGAAAGAGUAAUGACUGAGUUCAAAUCAUGCCGAAUAAGCAUGCUUGUACACACCUGGAUUGGACGAGUAGACGAGCGUGUCAUCCAGCUGUUGCAGACAGCCAGUCAAGUCAAUGCCUUCGUUGCCCCUUUCUUGGUGUGUCUCGCUGUCUUGCUCACCUCUGGUAUGAUCUCGAACCCCAUCUUGGCAGAGAUCUCUUGACCAGCGAGCGUCUGGGCCUCUAUCCGCCACCAAUUGAGCUGAGGUGUCACCUGGGCAUUUCGCGCCAUCACGACAAACUGAAACUUGACUCCCGCGGGCAUGGGCGCUUCCGCAUCCCGAUAGACGAGCAGCAGCUCCCUCGAUGACACGACCUCGCACGUUACUUUCCGUGGCAAGGGCAGCACUUCGUCGUCCUGAAGCAUGUCGCUCGUCUCGAGCAGCCAUUCGGCAGAGUAUGUCGGCCCAUCACGGUCGAACCCUGGGCAUUCGGCCGGGACGACAGACUCCCACACGAAUCCUUCGGGAGCGGCGAUACUGAUGGAGUUGAGAUUAUAGAGAUUGGCGGAGAGGGCGAAGGUUAGGCGGAUGGGCUUCAGUGCCAAGCCGAUGAGGGAAACGGGCGUCAGCGAAAAAUAAUCCAAGCGAGGGACCAAAGAAAACCCGGGCACCUUCACGCGAGACACAGAAGAGACAUACACGAGUGCGUCCCCCACUUACUUCCCUCUCUCUUACCUCCAUGUUUGAAUCGAUGAUGUUGCCUCUGUCGUCUGUGCUUUCAAUUGACCACAGAUUGUCUUGGUCGUCGGCAACCAUGGACGAGGGGUUCUCCACGACGAGACGCAGACAGUACUUCCCCGGUGUUAACCCCUGGUCGAUCGUGAUAUCAACUCUGUUGUCGCCAUCGCCGGAGCAAUUGCUGCCUUCCGGCAGGCACUCUUCAGCAGCGCCGAUACACGAGUCGAAGUGCGCGCAUGUCGUAGCGAACCUGAAGGACUGUGGCGCGAUGACAAUGAUCGACCCCUGAGGAGGCAGCUCAGAAGUGGUUGUCAAGCAGAUGUCGACUGGAUUCGCUGACACUUGGGCGUCCCUCGAUACGCUGGGGUUGUAUGGGCUCAGAGUCACGUCCUGCACGACCUGUAUGAGGAAGCCGGGCACCUUGGUGUUGCCCUCUUGCGGUUUUCCCGUCUCGUCGUUGGCGAUGAAGCUCCAGUCAUUUGGCGAUGGCAUGAACGAGGGGUUGGCCACGGUGACGUAGACGACGUGGGUGAGGUCACUUCUCGCUGUCCACUGCUCGCCAAUCGUCAGUGUGACCUUGUUGAAGUAGCCGGCACACGAGCUGAGAGCCGGGAAGCGGUUAUCACGUGACACCCAAGAGGGCCCUCCUGCUGUAAAAGCGCCUCCUCCAUCCUUGCAUUCCCGCUCAAAGUGAAAACCUUGAGGUGCCGUGAUGGCAAGUGUAGAACCUAUCUGAACCGACACAACAACAAGGUGAAGGCAUUACAAAGGCUAUCAUCGAGUGCAUUUUACUUACAGUGAAGUUGCGGGUGAUCUGGAUCUGGAAUGAGACACGGUUGGCUUGGGUGCUGACUCUGCGGUCUUCGUACUGCGGAUAGCUGGCAUACUGGGCCACAGGGAACUUCUUGAUGACGUAGAAGCCAUCAGCGACGCCGCUCUCCACACUGUUGAUCAAAAUGAGCUUGGACGAUGUGUAUUGAAGCUCCUCACGGAGCCCGGUCUCAAUGUACCUAGCGAGACACGAAUAAUAUGUACCUGUUUCUUACCGAGGCGUCUCCUCUGCGUCACCUUACCAGUCGAAGGAUUCCCUAUCAAGCUGAUGCACCUGCGCGUUGAUGACGCCCACAGCAAACACAUAAAGGCGGUCCUUGUCGAUGGAAGGCAGGACGGAGUUCGCUGUGCUGCCAGCCUGGGCGAAGAACUUUAUCAUUAGGCGCCUUGGAUCGCCGCCGUGGACUCGGACGUCCUCGCAUAGAUACGGCUCUGACAGAGGGCUGGCACCCUCGACGUUUGCGAAGUAGGUGUUGAGGACAGGACAGACAAACGUGAAACCUUCUGGUGCCUAGGGACAAGACAGCAGACAGCCAGAUUGAUGUGAGACGUACGUGUGCGAGCAAGACUCUUUCCAUGGUAUGUGUGUACCACAACAUUGAUGAUGGCCUGCUGGAGCAGCUCGCCUGUGUUGGCGAUGACUGAGGUCACUUGUUGCGUUGUCCUCAGCCGUAUCUCGACGAUAUUGGAGAAGCUUUGCUCCUCAAUGAUGCUGGGGAUGACCUGCACGUCUUCCAGCCGCUGAAUCCGAAAGCCCUCAAUGCCAAGCUCGUCGAGCUUGUCGACGCCAUUGCUGCGAGUCGAGAGGAUCCUCCACACGUUGGGAAACGGUGUCUCGGCAGGUAUCUGGAUGUUUGUGCGGAAGCCAUAAAGGCGGUUGACCUGUGCACAUUGCAUGACCGAUGCCUCAGAGUGGUCCACAUCCUCUCUGUGUGUCCGUCUUACCUCCAGAUUCUCUGCUGGCCUGAAUGCGACCUUCCAACCAGCAAAUGGGUCCACGACAGGCACACUCAGGACGGUGAAUGGCUGCGCUGACAUUCCGACACUGUCGGAUGACUCAAAGUACUCGUUGGGCUUCCAAUCAAAGCCGAACGGAGCCCAUAUCUCAAUGGAAUCGCUCGCUCUUAAUUCAGUCCCCACACUGAAGCGAAUUGUCAUCUGAUCGAGACAACACAAGAGUGGACCGAUGAGAGCAAAUAGUGAUGAGACAUGAAUUUCAAUAAUGUUUGUGCUCACGCUGAUGGUGCCUUCGGCCCGGCUGUCGGGAACAACUUCGAAGCUCUUGAAUCGUGACGGCCAUACAUUGUAGCCGUCAUACACGUUCGUCUGCCGAACAAUCCCGUCAGGCCGCUGCGUCGAUAUCUGGAGUCACACCAGAGGGAGUUUAAUGAAGUGCUUCUCGCUCGCAAAAGGCGAGCAGGUGGCCUACCAUCCAAAUGUUGUGCUUGCUCUCGUAUCCGCCGUUGUCCAUCGGGUUCAUCACGUCGAUCUUGAAUCUGUACAGCACACCCACCUGCAGCGCAUUCGACUGGUGAAAUACAAGCAGCAGAUAGCGAUCGUUCUCCGCCACACACUCGCACUCGGGCAGUGUGACUCUGUCAAAGCCGGGACACCUUCGGGGAAAACUCCAUGACGGCGGCGCACGCACCAUCACGCGGGAUCGGUCAAGUACGCUGACCGUCUCUGUGGCCAUGAAUUGCACCGUCAGCUGCGUCUGGUCGCCGGCAAGAAACGAGGCGGGAGAGAAUAUCACAGAGCUCAGGGCUCCGUACACAGCAAAGCCGCGCAGGUCUGCAACGCAACGAAUGUGACUAAAGCAGGGACCGGAACGGCUGUGUCGCUCUUUUUGUCGAUCAUGUACGUGUCUCACUUGUGGCAGAUGAUAUUUGGGUCGGCCGCGCUGCAUCGGUCGAGUCGGUGAUGGCCACACUCCACGCAACAGCAGACGUGGGCACCGACGGAGUGGUGACCCAGAAACGGACAUAGUAGACGGUGUCUUUGAAAAAAGUGGCAUCGAACACCUGAGAAAGAUAAACACCUCAGCCCGUGCAGCAAGCCACGUGUGCAUGAAUGUGUGGCUUUUCUACCUGCAGCGAGACUUUGUUGCCGACCGGCGAUGACGACUCUGUGUAGAGCGUCCAGCUGCCAGAGAGAGCGGGUUGCCCCUCCACAUUCUCAGGCAUCCUGUCGGGGGCAAUCUUGUAGGCCGCGGGGGGAAUGAUGUCGAUCGUUGUCGUGCCCUCCCUGCGUGGGUAGGCAGUCUGGCCAGGGCGCAGUGCGAAGGUCACUUGCUGCGUCAACGAGGUCCUCUCAGCCAGCCAGUCGGUCAAACCACCACGUGGACCGCCUGGCGGCGUUCCCUGCACCAUCAAUGGCUCGACGAAAGAGAUCGUAUAGAGUCCCCCCGCCUUGUUCUCCGAUGUGAUGAUCCAUUUCGCAUUGACGGCUUCUGUGGGAUUCUGGAAGCCUUCCAACAGGAUGGUGCCGGUCGUCGCGGCGCCAACUGAGCCCCAGCCUGUGCUGCCGAACUUGACGCGAAAAGUGUUGGCGCAUGUCGUGCACGGCACUGGCAGCCCCACUGUCUGCACAAGCGCCCGGCUGACCCCGGCUAAAGGGGCCUGGUUGGCGUCGAGGAUCUGGCAUUUUGGGGUAGAUGGAGGUGUGAGGGGCUCUUCCUCGGCCUCACCGAAGUCCCAGAUAUCGGGAGGGAAGGCGAUAACGUCGAUAGUGUCAUCCUGUGUGAACCGCCCGUAGACCUGUAUGGUGAUGUUGAGCUUGUUGCUCGCCCCAGGGGUGGUCGUGAGGUCUGCGUCGCGGACAAUUUGCAUGGAGAGCACCCUGGCCGAUGCGGGAGACGGCUGAAUGACAGUAAUGCCGCCGCCACUCGGCAGCAGGGACAGAUCGGCGGUGGCAUCGAUGGGCACCUGCCCGCCAUAGAGAAUGGACAGCUCUGCAUGCGGCUGAGAUCCGGCAGUGCCCAGCGAUGUCAGGAUGGUCAGCGUGUAGGUGGUGACUGUAGCCAGCGGCGCCUCCAGAUAUAGAGUGACCUCUGUCUCGGUGAAGUCGCACACCGCAGGAGUGGGGAAACCGAAUUCUGCGCUGCUGCUGGACGCCGCCAAGAGCCCCUCACACUGAUAUCGGCUUGGGAAUAUGGCGUUGACAAGCUCGAUGAAGACGGUCAGAUAUUCGGGCAGGCCGGGGACGCCAGCGAGCACCUCGACGUCGGGGUGGGGGAGAGAGUACAGCUGGCUGGACGACGUCGUGAACUCGUAGAUGACGGGCGCCGUGCCGUUUGCCUCCUUGAGCGAUGAGUAGGUCCUGCCGCCAAUGGUGUUCCACCCCAGCUGGCCGUGAGACAAGAUGAACUCACCAACGGUAAUAACGAGAGAGGAUGUCAGCCACGCAAGCCUCAU